AUGGCCGACGAGAAGCCGUCGGUACUCAUCAUCGGUGGCCUGGGCUACAUUGGCCGCUUUCUAGCCCUCCACAUCCAUCGGAACCAGCUUGCCUCUGACGUGCGUCUUGUCGACAAGGUGCUUCCCCAGCUUGCUUGGCUCGCUCCAGAGUUCUCCGACGCCUGUUCGCAAGAUAAGUUUAUGCAGGCAGAUGCCAGCAGAACCGAAGGCUUGGCUAGGAUAUUCGACCGUCCAGACGGGAAGCAAUGGGACUACGUCUUCAAUUGCGGUGGCGAGACGCGAUACUCUCAAGAAGACGAGGUCUACAAGUUAAGGUCGUUGAACCUGUCCCUGGCCGUGGGCAAUGAGGCCGCCAGGAGGAAAGUCAAGGUUUUUGUGGAGCUGAGCACGGGCAUGGUGUACAAGUCAGACUCGUCGCCCAGCAGAGAAAAGGACAAGCUCAAGCCGUGGAACAAGAUUGCAGUCUUCAAGCUGCAAGCGGAGGAGGAACUGGCAAAGAUCGCGGGCCUCAACCUCGUCAUCGUGCGCCUCCCUCACGUCUACGGCCCAUACGCCUCACAGUGGGUCGCAACAGCGCUGUGCAUGGCGCGCGUCUACCAGCAUCUCGAAGGCGAGAUGAAGUGGCUGUGGACCAAGGACCUGCGCACCAACACGGUGCACAUCGACGACGCCACCCGUGCUCUCUGGGACAUCGCUGCGUGGUACGCUGCUGGCAAGGCCAAAUGGAACGCCGGCGAGAUGGGGCCAGUGCCGACCUUCAAUGUCGUCGACAAGGGCGAGACCAACCAGGGAACCAUGGCCGACAUCAUUGGUGCCAUCUUUCAGAUCGAGACUGGCUUCCAGGGCCAGCUGAUAAGUACAUUUGCGCGCAUGAACCUGGACAGCGUCGUGGAUGAUGUCAACGACGAAAUCUUGGGCCCGUGGGCGGAACUGCUUCAUGACGCGGGCAUCACCAGGCCCGGGCCACUGACUCCGUUCAUGGAGAAGGAGCUGCUGAAAGACACUGACUUGAGCAUGGACGGCAGCCGGCUUGAAACGUUGUUGGACUUCAAGUAUGAGAAGCCGAAGAUCACCAAAGAGCUGGUGGUGGAGGUGAUUGAGAGUUACAAGAGGAUGAAGUGGUGGCCGUGA